UUGGCCUUAAGAAACUCCGAACUCUGUAAACCCGUCACCAUGGGUAUCUCAGAAGUACUUAACAAACUUCGAGAUCGCGCAGAUAAAUUUCUAAAUGAGAAAAACAUGGUUACAGAUUUCCUUGGAAAACUGGAGGAGAAAACGGGAAUCAAGAAAAAAAUUAUUGCCCUAGGUGCAGUGUCUCUGACGGGACUGUAUUUGGUAUAUGGCUAUGGCGCCUCCCUCCUCUGUAACAUGAUUGGAUUUGUGUAUCCUGCAUAUUACUCAAUCAAAGCCAUCGAGAGCACAAACAAAGAAGAUGACACAAAAUGGCUGACCUAUUGGGUCGUCUACGGAAUCUUCAGUUUGGCGGAAUUCUUCUCUGACAUCUUCCUCUACUGGUUUCCUUUCUACUAUGCUUUCAAGUGCCUGUUCUUGUUGUGGUGCAUGGCCCCCGUCACGUGGAACGGCUCUCAGAUUCUGUACAACCGGGUGGUGCGGCCCUUCUUCCUCAAGCACGAGGCCACCGUGGACAGCAUGGUCAAUGACCUCAGCGGGAAGGCCAUGAAUGCAGCCGAGUCCGUCACCAGAGAAGUCCUUCAAUCACUGGUGAAAAACAAGACUAUAGUACCACAAGCAUCAGGGGCCAAAGGCUUACCCAGCGCAUCAGGGGCCAAAGGCUUACCCAGCACAUCAGAUGCAUCAGGGGCCAAAGCCUUACUCAGCACAUCAGAAUCAGCUCCUGGAUUUUAA